CACAGGCGCCACCCCUAUAUGAUACGGAGUAUUCGUCAGUUAUCGGAGAGACGGGAAGUUUUGGGGGUAUUAUUCGAUAACGACCGAUGGCUUCUUCGGGAUCUGUAGGUUUAAGGUACGAAGUUAAAUGCGAUUUCGUCCAGCAGAAAAACCUAAUUUCCCCAUCAUCAUCAUCAUCAUCAGUUGUGUUCACAGUGCAGAGCACCCUGAGAUUAGGCGUCGCCGGAGGAAACCCUUUGACGGAGUUCCUCGAGGAGAAGGGUUGGCGGGAGACAAGGCAGUCAUCCCUCGAGCUCCCUUGGUCCACAGACGAGGGAUUGAUAAUAGAUGAUGAUCAUAAUCUUAAAAUAUCCGAAACCCUUACUCUCCUUAGGGUUCCCAAAUCCUAUCAUCAGCUCAUCAUCCGCAGAGUCCCCCCGCAGAGUGUUGGCGCCUUGCAUCUCGUGGGCGUGGCUCCAAAGCUUCUGGUGCAUCUCUUCGAGGUGACCCACCUCACACUCCCCCUGAUUGACGAACAUGGAAGAGCAAUCUGCCCGGAAAGUAAAAGAGAUUACGCCGUCAUGAAUUAUGGCCUUCAAACAGAAGAAGAAGAAUUUGAUCAGGCAAAGUUUGUAGAUUCUCUCAAAAAGUUGAUCGUGGUUGCAGGAGGUGUUGAUGAAGAGGAGGAGGAGUCUGGCUACAUAGACAACUGGUGUUGGGACUUAAUUGAUGCCAUCAAGAGACUUGCUUGGCCUGUAACUAAGAAGGCAAUUGUGGUAUACGACAAGGAGGACAAGCAAACUUGCCCCAUCUGCUUGGAAGUGAUGUUAGAACUAGACAAGCCAUGGAGUGAGAUGCCUUGCUGCUCUAAAGCUUUCCACCGCGAUUGCAUCUCAAUUUGGACAGCCGAACGCGUCAAGAACUGCCCCUGGUGCCGUUCCUCCUUGCCACUCGUGGUUCAGUCUGCAAAGGGUCUGAUUCGACGGCUCAAUUCAGAACAUUUUGUUUGUCCAAGUCGUCCCGAGUUUCAUGAUCUAUUGCUGAUAUUAUGGCAUCUUUUGUCUGAAAGAGUUUGGUGGACCUGUCAGGUAGUACAUGAGGCUGGUUGCAACUGUGGUUGUCAAACUGCAAACAUUGACAUGAUAAGAGCUUAGCAAUUACCAUCAGUUUCAUUCAUCAAACAAACUGGUGCUAAUUGCUACUCUUAUUUAUACUGGCUUGAUAAAUUUCUAUAGUAGCAAUCUAGCAAAGCAUUUUUGUUCCCUCUGUGAGACGCAUCAUUGUUAUUCCCAUGAUUUUGAAUGCACAAAAUUAAACAGUUUAAUAGUCC